GCGACUCGGCCAUACCUGAAAAGGACUGACGUGUUAAUGUCAGAGCUCUCUUCAUAGCUGCUCAGUACGACGCUCAGCUGCUGCUGGACAUGUCAAGUAUAUAUGAUAGACAUCACGAAAUUCUGCUCCGGUGGCUGCUCUCAACAGCCGACAAGGCAACGGUUUAGACGGAAAAGGAAAGAAUCCGAAGGUCGGUAUUCAACUCCGAACUGCAGACAAAAGACAGAGGAUGCGCGAUGUCGUGUUUGCGGAAAUGUUUAAGUUGGAGGUGUCUUCGAUGACAAACCAGGACCAAAGAUGAGGAAGAGUUUUGAUAAUGGCUUUAUUGCAGAGGUUAUUGUGCGGCUGCUGCUUUUAGGUGUUUUUCUCGUGACUGAGGAGCUUCCUCCUUUCAGCCGUGAGAUCCAGCCAGAGGAACUCUGGCUCUAUAAGUUCCAUCCCGUCAAACAGGACCGCGUUCCCACCCGCCUCAUGUUUUCUAUCGUCCUUUUGACUCCAUUGGUGAUUAUUUUCUUACUUGCCUUAUUGAAAAAAGGUGGAAGGGGAGAUGUGAAAGAGGCAUGUUUAGCCGUGACUUUGACCCUGGUGUUGAAUGGAGUUUUCACUAAUGCAAUCAAGCUAGCUGUGGGCAGGCCACGACCUGAUUUCUUCUACCGUUGUUUCCCGGAUGGCCAAAUGAACCCAGAGCUUCACUGUAGCGGUGACCCGGAUGUAGUAAUGGAGGGCAGGAAGAGCUUUCCAAGUGGACACUCUUCCUUUGCGUUUGCUGGUCUGGGCUUCACUGCCCUGUACUUGGCUGGGAAGCUGCACUGUUUCAGCCGAGUAGGCCGUGGUACAGCCUGGAGGUUGUGUGCCUUCCUCACCCCGCUCCUCCUCGCCGUCAUUAUCGCCCUUUCCAGAACAUGUGACUACAAACAUCACUGGCAAGAUGUGUUGGUGGGAUCCCUCCUCGGUUUGGCCUUAGCAUACUUAUGUUACCGACAGCAUUACCCAGCUCUCAAUGACUCGGACUGCCACAGACCCCUCCGAAUGAGAGAAGACACCGUUCCUGUGCAGGAACGCAAGCAGCCCAUCCCAGGCUACAUCUUGCCUUUAUAGGAACUUAACCAGACCAACAACCAUAUACUGUGUGAAAGUUUACCAAACCAUUUGCUGCGAUUAUGUCUAUUUUUGGUAUGUGUGAUGCCUGUCAAUCAAUGAGCACUUGUCGUUUUUGCCUUCCUAUGCUGUUUUAGACAUUAACAAUGAAACUCUUGUGUAUUGUAGAGCUGUCUUUUUGAACACGUCUUUGAACAUUUUGUAUCUUAUCAAGCUCUUUGAAGUUUAUAUGUGAACUAUCCUGGUGAGGAAAUCAGUGAAAACAGCUUCUAGGUCAAUUUUAAAACUUUGCAGACAUAUUUAUAGAAAUCUCCAGUGUAUCUAGGAAAUCCCCUGACAUCUUGGUCAAUAAAGGUUGUGGCCAUUUCUAAUGU